UCUUUUGACUUGCCUACAGCCAAGUUGCCUGUCCAGUACAAGGGCUGGUCAGGAAUGUGGACUUUUGCGGUCUAUGAUGAUUAUCUCAUUCCCAUGCUGCUGGAGGAAGACUUGGCCAAGCAUGUGAAGCUAGCUAAGAGGGUGAGAAUGGUCACCUGCAGCCAGGCUAAGCAAGCUGUCACACCUAGCUCUGUUCCGGAAACUUCUACCAGGGCCCCGUCUCCGUUACCAGAGACCCAGACUGAGGUGGUGGAAUCGGACCCCAGGCCAACGUCUGCGACAGCAGUCAUGGAUCCAGUCGCAGAGAUCCAGCCAGAGCCAGUCCCAGAACCGGAACUGGCGGAGCAACCAGCACCAGAACCGUUGCCAGCCCUGAGUCCAGCGCUUGCAACCCCGUCUGCAGCUCCAACGCCAGAGGGCACCACCGAACCUGCCCUGACAGCAGCAGCUAAACCUGCACAAGAGGGUCAGCUGGAGCCUGAACCGCAACCUAGCGCACCCGCGGAGAGCGGUUCACCGUCCCUGGAACCAGCCCCAUCCCCCGCAUUGCUUCCCAAGGGACCAAGCCCAGGUCCACCGUCCAGUGAGGAACUGAUGUCCCCAGCAUCAAGGGAACAGUUUCAGGCCAAGCAGGAAGCAGAUGAAAGCCACCAGGGAGCUUGGACGGCGGCAUGGAGCAACCCACCCCCUCUCAACUCUUCUAACCAAUCCCGAGAAUUAAAGGUUUGUCAGUUUACAGCCCAGGGAGGAGAUGACCCUGAGUGGCCUGAAGGGGUCUACUAUAAAGGAAAAAGUGACGGUGAUGUGGAAGAGGUGAACCUCUUCAUGACCCUUGGACGUAUGCAGUGACAGCAGAUCAAGGAGCUGUGCGCUAGCUUUGCGCCGAUGUUCUCAGCCACCCCAGGACGGACCAAAUGAGCAUACCACU